GCCGCGUUCGAGUCGCAUCUUUUCAUCCCUGCAGUCGACUGUGACUGACACGAGUUCCAAGCACGAUGAAGUUCCUCAAGUCGCUGUUCCGCAAGACCCCUCGCGAGAUCUCCGACCAAGCGAGUGAGCGCGCUACUGCCGCGACGGCUGGCACGCUGCCUCCGAUCGACUUGGCCCGGACGACCCGCCCCAUCAGAAGCGAAGGCCACGGGGACAAGAAGCCCCGAGUGGGGAAGCUCACGCUCUACAUGCUGCUCUCGGGCAUGGAAUCGUUGAAAACAAGGUCCAGCAGCCACAAGCGAACAAGAUCAUUGACUGAGAUGAGCGCGCCGCAGAAGACCCUCAAGCCCUGGUGGGGAGACGGACCCCGCCCCACGCGCGAGCAGAUGGAUCGCCGCGCUGACGAAGCGUCCGCCAAGUGCCUUGAGUAUGUGAAGGAGCACGCAGAGCGUGGCAAUCCUGCGUCGGUUGUCGCCUACAUCGACGAGUUCGCGUCCAGUACCCACAUGGUGAAUGUCGGUGGCGUCAAGGGCAAGAUCAUCGACGAGGAGAUCGUUAAGAAGCAGCCUGAGGUCAUGGCGGAACUCGGAGGCAAGCAGCGCGAGGCCGCGGGCAACAAACGCUCGCACUACCACUCGAUCGAGUUCUCGCCUGUGUUCGCAGCUCGUGUGCGCGAGAUGGUGGAGCUCGCGGGGCUGACGGACCACGUGACAGUGCAUGUUGGACCGUUCUCCAAGAACUACGAGGUUCUCCGCGGCCAGGCUGUCGACGUGUACUUCAUUGACCACGACAAGAAGGCGUACUUACAAGACUCGAAGCUCAUCAUCGGGAGCGAGACGCUGGUCCCAGGAUCUGUCGUUAUCGCUGACAAUGUCGGGCUGGGUCCUGUCCCGGGAGGCAAGAACGAGUACAUCGAGUUCGUCGAAGAGAGCCCGAAGUUCUCGGAAGUGCGCCACACCGUCUACAUGAAGCGCGAAGACAUGAUGAUGCCAGACCUUUCGGUCGCGACGUUCCUCGGAUAACGUGCUGGAUCCUGAGCAUUUGCUAAUAGCAAGUUGCUAUCUUCCAAAUGAUGUGGCAGCGAAGCAGUGGGUUGUUACUUUCAAUUCGCAACCCCACGCUGCAAACAAGAGCCGUGGUUUUUGGAACACUUUCGAUCGAGAUCAUACUCAACAAGAAUUUUCAUCUUCG